AUGCUCGCCUUCACUACCGCGCUCCACGCGUUCGCCACCCCUAGCCGGCUCGGCCCUCGCCCAGCAGCGCCCUGCGUGCAAAACAUCGCAGCGUUGCCGAUUCAGCGUAACGUGGCGCCGGUACUGCAGCUCGCCAGCGAUAGCAUCCUGACGGCGCAGAUGCGGCGGGAGAUGGCCUCCGAGCCGCGGCUGGCGGACUUUGCGGUCACCGGCGACCCGCAGUUUGUGCGGCACACCGCCGAGGACGACCCGACCAAGCCUCUCCUCCUGUACCUUCCCGGCAUCGAGCUGUCGGGCUACUCGCUCCACCGGCAGCUUCCCGGGCUCGCAGAAGACUUCUGCGUCCGCUGGCUGGCCGUACCGCCGGACGACCGGUCCAGCUUCGAGGCGCUACGCGAGGCCGUCACCCGCGAGGUCGAGGCGGAGGAGGGGCGGCCCAUCUACCUGCUCGGUGAGUCGUUCGGCGGCGUCCUCGCGCUCAGCGUUGCUCAGGCGCAUCUACAAUAG